GGCGAGCCAUUUUCUGCUCUUCAAACUCUCCUUGAUUGCCCUCCUAUUUGCCAAGGGCCAGUCAUUCCUUCCCCGUUGAGCUCUGGAGGAGCUGCACCAGGUCCAGACGAAUUCUUUUCCUUAUCACCCACUCCUUUCUCUUAUUCAUCACCACCUUCAUCUGCAUUCGCUCACGUUUAUCCAUCUGUCUUCAAGUUUUACACAUUUUUACGCUCACAUCCUCUCGUUUUGCGGCAGCAACGUGUAAUGAUGGAGCGUGAAGCCGCCGCUGGACUUGAGCCCGCUGUUUCCAACCUUCGUUUGGCUUGUUUGGAGCGUCGGCUCUACUUUCGUACAGCAUAUCAUUAUUCUGCGAUGGGCUGUCCGGCUCUGGCACUUGAUGUACUUUCUCGUUUGCCUGCUCGUCUACCCAAGAUAUCUAGAUCUGCUGCCCUACGAACUCCCAACUUCAAUCCGCGCAGCCUUAGUGUGGCUUCCGAGAGCAAGAUAGAAGAUACCAAAAGCUUUAAAAGCCUCAGCUGGUAG